ACCGUCUUUGUCCUCAGCCAGUAGUUGAGCUCACACAACUGGAGAAGCUCGGAGCCUCCUGUGAGGAGAAGAAACGUGAAUGGGGUGAUAUUUACCGGAGGGCUGCUUCAAGAACCGACAGAACUUAACGGAGACAGAAAAACAGCUGAAGGAUUUGACCCUGUCCCGCAAGCAAAAUGAGCUGGAGCUUCCUCACGCGUCUGCUGGAUGAGAUUUCCAAUCACUCCACCUUUGUGGGUAAAAUCUGGCUCACCCUCCUCAUCGUGUUCCGCAUCGUGCUGACGGCGGUCGGCGGAGAGUCCAUCUACUACGAUGAACAGAGCAAAUUUGUGUGCAACACGGCGCAGCCUGGUUGUGAGAAUGUGUGCUAUGAUAAUUUUGCGCCUCUUUCGCACAUUCGCUUCUGGGUGUUUCAGGUGAUCAUGAUCACCACACCGACCAUCAUGUACCUCGGGUUUGCUAUGCACAAGAUCGCCCGCAUGGACGACGAUGACUAUGGUUCUCGGCACAGGAAGAAGAUGCCCAUAGUGAGCCGUGGCGCCAACCGGGACUACGAAGAGGCGGAGGAUAACGGGGAGGAAGAUCCCAUGAUCCAGGAGGAGAUUGAGCCAGAAAAAGAAAAGGAAGUUGUUGUGGAGAAGCCCAAAAAGAAGCACGAUGGCCGACGUCGCAUCAAGAGGGACGGUCUGAUGAAGGUCUACAUUUUUCAGCUGCUAUCGCGUGCCGUGUUUGAGAUCUCAUUCCUGUUUGGGCAGUACGUUCUUUAUGGGCUGAAGGUGGAGCCAUCGUACGUUUGCCAACGCGCGCCGUGCCCGCACUAUGUGGAUUGCUUCAUCUCUCGUCCGACUGAGAAAACGAUCUUCCUGCUCAUCAUGUAUGCCGUCAGUGCUUUGUGCCUGCUCUUUACCAUGCUGGAGAUCCUCCAUCUCGGCAUCAGUGGAAUCCGCGACUGCUUCUGCACGCCACGACCUCGCGCUCCUUCCCGCCACUUGGCCCUAGGCAGCCAGAAAUCCUCCAUGAGCCGUCAGCCAUCGGCGCCUCCAGGUUACAGCACAGCUCUGAAGAAGGACCCAUCUGGAAAAAUGGGCUUCAGGGAUAACCUGGGCGACUCUGGUCGCGAGUCCUUCGGGGACGAGGCGUCGUCUCGGGAGCUGGAGAGGCUUCGCAGGCACUUAAAACUGGCCCAGCAACAUCUGGAUUUGGCGUACCAGAAUGAGGAGGGCAGCCCGUCGCGCAGCAGCAGCCCAGAGUCAAACGGCACUGCAGUGGAACAGAACAGGCUAAACUUUGCCCAGGAGAAGCAGAGUAGUACCUGUGAUAAAGGUCUUCGUGCAUAGGCUCGCAAUCAGUUCACAGGAGGAGCAGUGAGGACAAAAGGGGAAAUGAGCAGGGAGUGCGUGUGUGUAUGCGUUUGUGAAUUGGUCGCCUGAGGUGGAUGAAGACGGCCCGAGCCUUCCAGUGUUGCGGCCAGCUGUGGUCGAGCAUCAAAAAAAAAAAGAACAAGAAGUGACCGUCUCAACUCGGCAAUACUUGAGGCGACAGCCUGUCUGAAGACCCGAAGUGCUUUCUACCUGCCGCCGUGGAUCAAGAAUGGUUGACAUGGAUUUCUCCCUCAGGGCAGCUAUAUUUUUAUACAUAUGAAUAUUUUAUCAGGACCAUCGAGUUAUAUUAAUUUUUCUUCUGUUUUAGUUUGUGAAUCUCAGUUUUGCCUUGGAUUUAAACUGGAACUUCUUUUUUUUUUAUGUUGCGUUUUCAAAGUAAGACCAAGCCAGUUUAUUUUUGUUAUUUUAGUUUUACACUUUGAGAGUGGGUGACAGCAGGGACAUGAAUAAACAAAGGUUAAACAAAGCAUCUCUGAAUGAAAGUUACUGGCCUUGUUGUCUUCCUUGUGAAGACUCAACAAGGUAUCACAAGGGCUUAUUGAUGCCGCCCCUUCACUAUUUAUCCUUCACACUUCUGGGACCUGUACUAUGAAUCGGGCAGCAUGGGGAGCUAUUGGAAUUAGCAUGCAGUGGAAUAUGGACUGAUUACCUGCUCUGGGCCAGUUUGCUCCGUUAAAAAUAUCGGCCUCUUGCAUUCGUUUAAAAAUCAAAAUCCUCCGGUUUUUCCUGAUGAGCAUCCACAAGUCCCAGAUUCUCAACAGAGGGGUCAUUUCUUCUGAAACUUGCUCAUCUGUGGCUAAAGCUGAUGUUGGUGGUCCCCCCCACCCCCCCUUUUUUUUUUAAACCUAUCCAGCAUUAAACUGUUCUUACAGAUGUUUUUUUCUGCCACUUCAGAACCAGACUACUUCACUGCAUUCCUUUUUUCAUUUUUUUUUUUGUACGUUCCUUUUCCAAAAGUUUAAAAUUCUACAAGCUGCACCCCUGAUUGAGCUCUUGCCUUGUUUUUGUUAAGCUUUUAAUACCCACACUUGGACUUUCUUAUUCUUGGCUGCUACAUUUUUUUUGCCUUUUUAUAUAUUUAGUAAUGUAGUUAUUGUCGUGAAAAAUAUGCAGCCAUUGAUCCAUAUUUGGGAUUGGUCACGUGGCGCUGACGGCUUUUUUUUUUGUGUGUGUGUGUACUUGUAUUCAUGACUCGUAAUCAUUGUUUUCGUGCUGUAGUCGGGGUUGGUUGAGCCUGGUUGUACAAUAUUCAGGCUAUGGUGAACCUACUUCACAGUACAGGCCUUUCGAUGGUAACUGGAACACACUUGAGGCGCCUUUUGUCCAAAGGAACAAACCUGGGUAAUGCUUGAAGAAAACAAACAUGUAACUUUUGAUUAUUGUCUUUUUUUUUAAUGUCUGAUACUGUUUAACUUUCUUGUUAUGCUCUUUUUGAUGUGGCAGAUUUAUUUUAUUUCAAUGAUAUUCAUAAGUCUCUGUUACCUGAGACUGGAUUUUGAGAGUGGACUGGGUGAUCUGAACAGGAUUUGGUACAGUUUUAGGUUUAAGAGCAGCAGUUUUUCAUUCCAUGCUUCCUCGUUGCUCAGUUUCUAAGGUACCAUUAGGUGUUUACUUUUUCAGUUUAUGCCCGUUCAGUUAUGAGUUGAGUUUAUGUCCUGAAAGUGCUGAUUUCUGUAGCUGUUUGCUCCAGAAUUUAAACGAUGGUUACAAACUAAUCAGUUCAAUGUGAAUUUAAUGCCUUGAGUGCACUCUUUAAGAUGCCGACUUUUUGUAUUCUGACACCCACAGUGCCAUUUGUACCAACUCAAAUACUGUCAUCUCAGAUAUUU